AUGGACUCGUUUAAAGAUUUGUUAACAGAAACCGUUGGUCAAAUCAAGCGCGCUAACGAAUAUUUGGCCGAGCAGCAGAUGAAAGGAAUUAAGAAACUAAAGUAUAACGAACCCCGUAAGUUCAAGAAGAAGGCCAACGAAGACCAGUUUCAAAGGAACCACAGUGCAGAAUUUUGCGGCGGUAUAGCGUACUAGGCCCGUAAGAAGAAGAACCACUCUUUCAACUCUCAACAACAGAUCCUCGCCAGUGGGAACGCCGGCGUCCACCUCAAGUUCACAGAUGCAACCCCAGCCUCUUAUGUCAAACGUUCCUGUUUUUCGCCUUCUCCUCGACCCAGUGUCGGGACCUGUUUUGCCUGUGGAAAGCGUUCCUGUUACCCGACAAUGGACAAGCCAAACAUCCCAAACUCCUAAAUGGCUAAACGAAGGACAACAAUCAGGUGCAGUCUAUUCUAAUUUAGUACUGAAUUUUUUAAGCGGCAAGGCGUAAUAUGGAUCAGGAUGGUCUCGAUGUUAUACCAGUUUCUUCUGACGUUCACCCCGCUAGUUUUAGGCGCGGUUUAGAGCUCUGAGUGUACCGUUGAUAUUUCUAUUCUACCUUCAGUUUGGGGAAUAUUUUUCAUAUUGAUUUGUUUGUGGCAUACUUUGCUAGUUUCUCUGUUCAUUUUGAAUGUUAUUAGUCUAAGUUACAAAAUUCCCUUCUUCCAACUUUUUAUGUGUUUUUACUAAUCCUACAAUGUCUCCGCACGUGUUUACAGUUCUUUUUGUCCGUAGCUGUUAAUGAGCUUCCCAGUCUCAACCUCCAUUCAGAAAUUUUUUGCAUUCCAAUAUCAUUUACCCGCUUUCUGUUUGACCCGCCCCUCCGUCUAACGAAGGUUUAUCCUGGAUUUUAGGCACGUUGACACCUUUUUCUACCAACAGAAAUUCAAGUGCGGAGACUUGUCCAUGGCCACUUAAAUUUUUGAGAUGGGUUUUAUUUAUUUAUAUUUUAUCUCUAGUGCGGUUAUCGUAAUUUUCCCUGAUCACCGGUAUUUCCUUACGUUCACCUGGGAUCUCGGCACCUGGAUUUUUAGGUAUUUUCUACUUUGCCCGCUUCCCUUUGGGUUCUUGUCAGCCUCCCUCAAACCGCUUCAGAAAUCAAGAAGAAGCCAAGGUAUCCCUAUUGCCAUUUCUGUUGACUAUGGUCUAGCUAUAGGAGGAGGAGCCUAUCGCGUUCAGGCCAAAGUUUACAGUUUGCGGGCUGUCCAUACCGAUUUGCCUUAGUCUCGCUUUGUUCGAAUUCCUAAUGAGGAAAAGUCCCUGUGGGAGCCCGUUCAAAUUUUCUCGUGGCUUCGUGUUCAUAACACUCUCGAUGGAAGUAUUAGAGCCACGGAUGAACGCAUUGCUAAAUUGUCUCACGACCUGGUGGCUUUGUCUUCAUAUUAGUCUUCCACCACAGUCUACGUUCUACGCGUCCCGUGUGUAGCUGGUCAAAGUAUUUCCCUCUCGAGUUGCGUGGGAUCCGUCGCGUGUAUCAUGGCCCGAUUUCUUUUCUCAGUUGUUUACUCAGCUGUUUCCUGGGAUAGCUACAACCCCGGACAAAACUGUUGAUUCCAGCUAUUUUCUAACUUUUGCGCCCUACUCCCGUCUCCCCUAAACACAAAAAGUAAACCCCCUCCCCACCCCCUAUUCAAAGUUGCCUUGGUCUAAAAACCAACGUGUAUAAUUGCCAUGCUAUCCUAAACAACUUUGGAUAAGGGGAGGGGGGAAAUCGGGCAUUCAUUUGGCGGAGGUUUCAGUUUUUCCCGGGAUGACAGGAAAAAAUAGGCAUUUUCGCGAUUUGUCUCAACAGGUUUUGUCCGGGGUUGUCUGCGGACUGUUUUCGGUAUUCUUUAACUUUCAUAGCAAUUACCUCAAGUUAUAGUCCUCUUUUUUGGUCAAAUUGUUAAAAUCCAUUGUUUCAGCAUACUUUUUUUUUCUUUUGAAUGCGAAAUAAAAUUUUUACAGUAAAAAAUUGAAGUUAUAACACUCUGAUUACAUGAUCAGUCAAAUGACAUUUACUCUGGGACGUUACCAUGGGCUGACUUUCAACGGCUUACGUGUCCGUAGAUGCUUUGCCUGCUCAAAUGAUGACAUUUAUAUGUAAUUGCCAGACAAAAUGGAUCUCUCGAGAACUUCCGAUAGAGACGAAUCAUUUUCAGGAGGCUCGGAAUUAUCGCCUAAAUCACUAGGUGAGAGGAAGGUUAGUGCGCUUAUCUGGUCACUUACAGUCACGCGAAUUUGGCUGAUUUUUCCAUCCCGCGAGUAAUUUGCCUUAACAGUGAUUACGUUGUUCGCCAAGUGCAGUGCAAAGAUCCUACACUUAAUAGGACAACAUUGCCUCAGUUACAGCAAAUGUGGAAUUGUGUACGAGCGGGAAUGUGGUAUGAUGGAUCUCUCAUUUCUCCACGCAGAUCCCGCGGGAACAAUAACGGGAAAUCCCUUGAUGUGUAAGGUGCUUUGAUGAGCUUGUUAUGCAACAAAAACGGAGUAGUUUUUCUCGCAGACGGUUAACUUAACGAAUAAAGUACAGCAGAGGAAAGAAACAUCGGUUAACGACGGUUAACAACGGUUAACAACUUUUCUAAAGAAAAACAGCAGUUAGACUAUCAGUUUCCUUUAAUAUAAUCUGUUAACCGCUGUUAACCGUUGUUAACCAUUGGAAUAAACAUGUGCGUGCCUGUUAAUCGUUUAUUUCAAGCGUUUACGGUGCUUUCAAGCAUUUUCCGUAGUAUAUAGAACCUUUUUGUUGAUUUUCAAGCAUUAAAAAGACCUUUUUACUUAAGGGAAAACUUUUUGACACUGGUGUAACUGUCAUGAAAUGCGCUGUUGUUUUUUUGUUUUUUUUUUUGCCACAAAAAAACUGCCAUCGCCCGACAACAAGUUUUCGCUGUAUUUGUGAUCAAAGAGGCAUUGCUUUCCCUACACAUCCUAUUUCUACCCAUUUUGGAAGUUUUUCAUUAAUAUUUGUUCUUUUGGCCUUGGUUGUCAUAGAAAAAUUAACGGUUUUAUCGGCAUGGAUUCUAUUAUUUUGUCAAGUAAAUAAUCUGGUCUAUAUCUUGUAAAUUGUUCUAAUUACACACUCGGUAAACGCGGGUAUUGUUAACUCGGUGAAGCUUACUUUUCCAGUUCUACUCUAACUACAUGGAGAAAGUUGUCAGUGCAACUAGGUAUCACUACCUCUAAGGGGUAUUUUUAACUGCUCCGGCGCAUUCUUGAGUCCUCGUGCAUGACCUGCACACCACGCACUAUUAUUUUUGAACAGGACAGUUGUCCUGCGCAAAUAUAAUAAAUAGCCAGUCUUAUCUAAUUUAUUCGACAUGUAAGAACAAUUAACGUUGGUAAAAAGGCCGGAGGUAAGGCUCCUAUUAAGAUACCAUACUUGUGACACACAGUAACUUCUUAACCGUGGCCACCAACCACAAUAAAUUUCAAUACUUUUUCUGUAAACUGCAUGAUUUCUUUCUCAUUUAGGUAUAAGGUUUCUAAUUUAUGGCUAAAUUUCUAAGUGCAUAAUUAAUGCGUCCUUAUUGUUUUUAUGACACCGUCUUUCGUAGUCACAAAGCUUUAGACAAGUACAACAUCUGUGCAAAAAAUCAAUACCCUCCGACCAUACAUUGCGAAGUUACAGCGAUUUGAACAACUGGCCUUCACAGACAACCCCGGACAAAACUGUUGAGACAAUUCCAGCUAUUUUCUGACUUUUGCGCCCUACUCCCGUCUCCCCUAAACACAAAAAGUUCAGGUUUUGUCCGGGGUUGUAGGUUUUCCUGUCCGUUGAUUCCUUGUAUGAAAUUGAAUUUUGGUCGAACAAUGUUAGCCUCUCAACGGCAAAAUUUAUUGAGGGGUUCCAGUUCGCUUCCAGUGAGAGUAAGCUCCGGCUUCUCCGAUGCUUCCUAUUCAGCCUGCCACGCGUGAGAGGAGUCUGAAACCGAGCUGAUUUUUCAUCAGAAUUGGUCGGAAAGUGUUGGUAGAUCGACUUGGAGAGAACUCAAAGCGGUUUGUCUCGCCUUACUAGCCUUCGGGAGCCCUUUACAUAAUCAGUACAAGGUUUUUUGGUAUUCUGACAACCAUAACGUCUAAUCCACUCUUCGCGACGGCAGUAGGAAACGCGAUCUCCGGGAUUUAGCCCUAGUUGUUUUUCAAAUUUGCUCCCAUCAUUGUAUUUCGUUCGAGGUCAAGUGGAUCCCUAGGGACCUGAACGCCAGUGCGGACUGUAUCUGCAAACUCGUUGACUUCGAUGGUUACGGCCUCAACGAUUCUGUUUUUCAAGGGCUAAAUCACCUCUUAGGUCCUUACACUAUUGACAGGUUCGCCUGUAGCUACAGCGGCGAGUUGCCUAGGCUUUACUCUCGAUUUUUUCAGCCAGGCUGUUAGGCUGUUUAUGCCUUUGCUCUAAAUUGGAGUUAGGACGACAACUGGCUUGGCCCACAGGUAUGCCUCAUUGUCAGAGUCAUCAGACACAUUGGGCUCUGCCGCGCUCACGGGAACCCUUGUUCCUUCCCAAUGGAAGUCAGCUAUUUUCUGGAAUGUUUCUACUAGAGAUGGAGUGCAUUGGAAUAGUUUUGUUGUCGACUGGGUUUUAUUGCCUAAGUUCCAGGGGUUAUUUGUUCCAGGGAAGGCCCGUAAUUUCCUUUUCAGAUCCAGGUCUUUAUUUUUUGGCGUCAUAGCGCUUCGAGUUUAUUUUCGGCGCCCCAGACCUCCCUCGUCCCUGGCGGGCUUCUGCUCGACGCCGCCUGACGGAAAGUGUUACCUGUGCCUCUAUACGCGUGUUAUGCGUACCUUUAGGUUUUGACCCAUUAGGUUUUUGACCCCAUCCCCCCCCCCUUCCGCCCACUCUCAUCUCACUUCCCUUUUCCGGUGCUUUAAGCUCGUUUUUUUUCUUUUAUAAUUCUUUUUUAUUUGGUGCUCCUCACAUUUUCUUCUUGUAUUUUCGAUUACUUUUCAGAUAUGUUCCGCUCUCGUUUCUAUCGCGGGCCCCGGAAUUUCCCACCAGAGGGUUGAAUACUGAGGCUUACAGACAGUCUACAAUGCAAUCGACGAUUCUCUCCUCAAAGGCCGUUAGUACGACAGUGGUGUACCUUCGUGCUUCUCGCAAGUAAAAAUGUUUUGCUGCCAGUAAGCUUCAUUCCUGGGCCUGUCCUGCCAGUCCCUGCCAUGUUGCCUUGUAUUUGCAAUACCUCAUUGAAGAGUCGCACUCCCCGUUCGUCUUAGACUCGGCUGUUUACGGUAGUAAAUGGGCUCAUACCAUGGCGGGUAUCCCCUCUCCCACGGAUAAACCGAUUAUUGAAGGGGCUAGGUGUGCUUCCAAAAGGAUUUUUGGUUUGAUGAGGUCUCCAUAAUUAGGGGGAAUUAUAUUUUCAUGAGGGUUUCAUGAUCAUUUAGGUUCUCAAAAGCAAGAACGACCAACUUUGUAAGGGCGAUGGAUCGGAGUGAUUUUUUCGGAAAUGUUUGGCCCUGCUUGUACCUUGCCGAUUUGUCCAUCCCUCUAGCUCCAGGGAUCUCAUUUUUAGGCCCAUGUCUCGCGGGAACGUUCCUUUAAGUUAGUUUCCCAGGACGAACCUAUCAGCUAUACCACAAUUAGAGAGGCUUUUCGCAAGGACCUGAGAAGUUUCGGGGUUGACCCUUCCACUUUUGGUUUUUUAUUCCUUGCGUUCGAGAGGGGCCACUUCCGCUGCUUAUAAUGGGGUUAGUGACAGUGUGUUUCAGUGGCUCGGCCGCUGGAAGUCCGUUCUAGCCAAGGACGUCUACCGAUGAUGACCUAGAAAAAAGGCUUUCAGUUUCUUGGACUCUAGGAGCUUUCAUUUGUCAUUUCGCCCAAUACUUUGUCACUCUACGUACUUUGUAGGGUUCGUUCUCGCCAAGCCGUCCCAAAAUAAACUUAUUUGCCAUUACGUUUUGUCUGUUGAUGUUGUGUAGUGGAGUCAAAAUAUGUUAUUUCUGACGAAUGAGCCCGCGAAGAAGACAGAAAUAAAUAUUUUGACGGCACGAGAUACAACAGGGCCUGGGUACUAGGCCGGGUGCACCAUGGGUAGCCAUAUCGGGGGUAUAUAAGGCUCCGUAUAUCACGUGUACGUCAUCUAGGCUUACGAACCACCCUCUCUUUGGUUUUUCUUUAUUUUUGUUUUAUUUAUUUUUAGGGGCAACAUAUUCUCGAUGACAUUGUAAAGUCCCGUAGGAAGGGCUUUGAGCUUGAGCCUUGCUUCCUACCCGGAUUUCCUUUCCGCAUUUUUUCCCUUCGGGGUUUUUUUGGGCAGGUUUUUUCUGGCCUCCGUCUGACCGCAUUUACUUCAGUUUGUAAGCGGUAGCUCAGCUCCGCUAGUUUUCAGUUUUUUCCCGUUUCUUAAAUUUUAUGUACUUGUACAGUUAUCUCAGUUUUGCACCUGCUCCUUUACUUGAUAUAUUUAGUUUCUAUGUAUGUCUAGGUCAGCUGCCCGGAACCGCUCUUUAGCAGGCGACAUAAGUCUCGUUUGAUGCAGUUAGGUUGCAGGCAAUGUUACAGACUUCUAUCCAGGGUCGUUAUCCAUUUGUUUACUUUCAAUGUCCUGCCCUCGCCUUUUAUGGCAGCCUUACUGGUUAUUGGGCUGCGUGCCUUGUUGGGUACAUUAGUGGAGAUAAUUCCCAGUUUUCUUGGCACUCAGCCUCUGUGCUCCUGAAGUGUUCCCGGUCCCAGUUAUCCGUUGAUCAGAGUUUUAUUAAAUUUCCCCAGCCUAACUGUCAGCCUAACUGGCACUAAGCCUGCGUGCUUCUUUGGGGGACUCAGGUCGAGAUCGACCAGUUGUAGCAGACCUCUCUUUUGCUUAGCCUCUGUGCUCCUGCCGUGUUCCCUGUGCCAGUUAUGCGUUGUCUGAGUUUUAUUAAUUAGUUUCCCCAGCCUAACUGGCACUAAGCCUGCGUGCUUAUUUGGGGGAUUUAGGUCGAGAUCGACUAGUUAUAGCAGUUUUUCUUUUUGCUUAGCCUCUGUGUUCCUACCGUGUUCCCUGUGCCAGCUAUAUGUUGUCAGAGUUUUAUUAAUUAGUUUCCCCAGAAUAACUGGCAGCCUAACUGGCACUAAGCCUGCGUGCUUAACUGAGUGAUUCAGGUCAAGAGCGACCAUUUGUAGCACGAGUUUUUUUCUUUUUGUGAAAGCUAGUUAACGAGUGUUGUACUUUAGGUAUUCACCAGUAAUCACCUGUUAUUGUAUUUACAUAAGUACUUUGUAGGGUUGGUUCUAGCCAAGCCGUCCUUAUUUGCCAUUACGUUUUGUCUGUUGAUGUUGUGUAGUGGAGUCAAAAUUAGGUGAAACGUUCUAACCAUAGGGUAGAGAUAGUAACUGGGAGGAGGAGUGGAGUCAGACUCCCCUGUGGAAGAGAUGAGGAUUACUCCUCGUGCCUUUCACGAGUCUUGUUUACCGGUGAUAAAUUGUAACUUUUUGUACUACUUGGCAUCAAUUAACCCUAUUCACAUCGGGGCGGGGCUUUUGGAGCGCCUCCUUCGCUAAAUAUUUAAACAACUCAAAAGCAAAGAGCAUUAACUGGAAGGGAACGCAAUCGAGAAUGCCGCAGAACUAUUAUGACCUGAAUCAGGUCAACACCUGAUCACUAGAAAUAUACCAAGUGGACAUAUUGAAAUCUGCAAAGUUGAUCGUACCGCUUGAAAAUUAACUGUAAAGUGCUUAUUUGUGUUACUUUUUCAUGUCAAGGACAAAAAAACUGCUAUUUUUUCAAACCUGAUUUCUUCUUUUUGGUAAAAUCAAAGAUGGCGACCAUUGUUGGUGACGUCACAGGUCUUCAACAGCCCCAUCACCCAAAAAUAAUACCUCAUGUUGUUGAAAAGAUCAAAGGCUUUACACUGAAGGCAAAAGCGUUCCGAAAUACUACAACAUAUCAAUAACUCUUGGUAGGUUUUCCAGCAUUAAUCCCGGAAGACCAACCAAUCGAUCAUUUAUUUUGAAAAUCAAUCAAUCAGUACAAAAAGUACAAUAAACUACUUUGACAACUCAGCAAAGUUUAUUUCUUAUUCGGGCUAUAUGGUUUAGGGUAUUUAGACCAGAAUAACUGGAAACGGGAUAUUAUUUUAAUUACAGGAGAGCCAAAUGAACCUAACCCGCCCAGUAUCAGUGAACAAUGCAACCUUGCAAUAAAUGCAAAGUCUCACCUCUAAAGCCGAGCGUGCGAUGAUCGUAAACCAGAUAGUUGAAUUAAUUGACUUGCUGUGAGAAUUAGCUUAUUCGUUAUCCGCACUAAUGGUUUAGGGUAUGGAGACGAUAAUAACUGUAAAGGGUAAACAUUUUAUCUUUGAGAGGCAAAAGAAAUUCCCAGCUUAUAAAUAAACAAUACGCUUUUGACUUACAUGCAAAGUCUCACCUCAACAAGCCGCGCGUGUGACUAAAGUCAAAAGUGCAAAGACGGUAAACAAUAUAUGUAGUGGAAUCAAUAAGCCUUUCUUUAAGGAUUAGUUUAUUGGUUAUUCAAACUGAUGGUUUAGGUUUUUGAGACAAUAAUAACUGAAAAGUGCACGAGAUACAACAGGGCCUGGGUACUAGGCCGGGUGCACCAUGGGUAGCCAUAUCGGGGGUAUAUAAGGCUCCGUAUAUCACGUGUACGUCAUCUAGGCUUACGAACCACCCUCUCUUUGGUUUUUCUUUAUUUUUGUUUUAUUUAUUUUUAGGGGCAACAUAUUCUCGAUGACAUUGUAAAGUCCCGUAGGAAGGGCUUUGAGCUUGAGCCUUGCUUCCUACCCGGAUUUCCUUUCCGCAUUUUUUCCCUUCGGGGUUUUUUUGGGCAG